AUGAGAUUCAAUAAGGGAGUGGCUAGUACUACUCCUAACGGUCCUGUGACUAGCACUACUACUAAUGGUCCUGUGACUAGCACUACUUCCAAUGGUCCUGUGACUAGCACUACUACUAAUGGUCCUGUGACUAGCACUACUUCUAAUGGUCCUGUGACUAGCACUACUUCUAAUAGUCCUGUGACUAGCACUACUACUAAUGGUCCUGUGACUAGCACUACUACUAAUGGUCCUGUGACUAGCACUACUACUAAUAGUCCUGUGACUAGCACUACUCCUAAUAGUCCUGUGACCAGCACUACUCCUAAUGGUCCUGUGCCCAGCACUACUCCUAAUGGUCCUGUGACUAGCACUACUCCUAAUGGUCCUGUGACUAGCACUACUUCUAAUAGUCCUGUGAACAACAAGGAGGAUCCCAUACAUGACCAAGCAAAGCAGGCAAAUGAUUGCGAACCUCAGCAGCUCGUAAAAGCCAUAUAG